AUGGAGGGCUUGAGGGGGGAGGUGGGGGACCUGAGGGCGGAGGUCGCUGAGCUGAGCCACCACAAGGCGUACCUGGAGGAGAAGCUGCUGGGAGUCAUGGGUGAAGCCUCAAGGGCCAAGCUGGAGGUCGCCAGGCUAAGGGGCGAGCUGGAAGCAGCAGAGGCUGCCUCAAGGGCCUCAAGGGCUUCCAUGCACAAGUGGGAAGCCACAGAAGCUUCCAGAGGCCCAGAGCCGAAAUGGCAGUCCGUGGGUGAAGGGGGCCUCCAAGUUUGGGAUGCCAAAGAUGCGGAUAUGGGGGCCACCAGGUCUUGCACGCCCCCACUACAGCCCCAAGCAUUGAGGCCUCAAGGAACGUUGGACACGCCCGAGGUGGCCAUGCGAGUGGAUGGACAGCAACAAAAUGACGAGUGUGGGGCUGCCAUUGUUGGAAGCCGAUCCAUGUGGACUGGCAGCCAGAGGUUUGACUCAGCCUCCUCAUCUCCGCAGCCACAUGAGGGCAUAGUGUUUUCAACCCUUGGACGCCAUACUCCAAGUUGGGGAGGCUGUCAAGCUGUUAAUGUCUCAGCUCAGGAUCCCUCGACUGUGGCCAGCCUGCACGAGGCUGCCAGGCAGACAGCGAUGGGAGUGGCGCUGCGGGCUCGGGGACGCCACAGGGAGUCCGAGGAAGCACAUCGCAGGGCACUUGACAUUCGCAGACACGCUCUGGGGGACAACCAUCCAGCUGUCAUCGAGUCCUGGAACAGCCUGGGCUACGCCCUGCUCCAUGAGGGCAAAGUGACUGAGGCCGAAGACGCAUUCCGCGAGGCCCUGGUGCACCUCAAGACGGGCAUGAAUGACUGCGAGGGACCGCCACUGCUGGGUCAAGGGGCACGCCCCGAGGGCGCAGACUCAAGCCCCGAUGGCGGGGAGGGGGGGCCCAGUGGGAGGAGGCGGUCCGGGGGUGCACUGUCGAGAUGCGAGUCUAUGGCCAUGGCGGACAGCCUCAAUGGGAUGGGGCUGGUGCACAGGUCGCAGGGUCGUCUGGAGAUGGCCAAGACGGUGCUGUGCUACGCACUGGACGUGCGCAAGCGGUCGCUGGGAGACGCCUGCGGCAGCCACCCCAUGGUGGCCGUGGGACUCAACAACUUGGGACUUGUACUAGAACAGGUUGGGGAGCUGGCGGAGGCCGAGGAGUGCUUCAGUAAGGCCGUGGAGAUGUGGCGGAGGGACCAUGAGGAGGUGGUCAUGUCCGCUGAGAAUCUGAGCAGGGUGCGGGAAAAGAGGCUGGCCGCAGGCGACGCAAAGGAGGAGGCAGACAGCAUGUGUGGGUGA